UACAGAAAUACUUCAUGGUGGUAAAGUGUUUUGGGGAUAUCCUGAAGAGGACAUGAAAGAUAUUCAAAUGGAACUAUUCUCUACAUUUAUGAAGAAGUCAACAGAAUGGAAAGAGUUAACUGCAUCCAGACAUUCUGUUCCAUGCACAUUCCAGGUGUGGUUCAUUUUGAAAGCUUGAUUCAGGUUACGCUCACAGCUGACGGUGCCCAAAUCCUGUUUUCCGAUGGCUGAUUCUGCUUCCUCAACACUUGAAGAGCAGCUCACUUGCUCUAUCUGCUUAGAUUUGUUCAGAUCUCCGGUGACUACAUCUUGUGGACAUAAUUUUUGUAAAGACUGCCUUGAGCAUUUCUGGGAAAUGAUCCAUAUUCACAGCUGCCCACAAUGUAGGGAAACCUUUGACCCGAAUCUACCUCUGCAGAAGAACGCGGCUUUGAAUGGCUUGGUGGAACAGUGGAAAAGGGACAUUGCAGAAUCACAAGAGCCUGAGUACAAAGCUGUGGACGAAACUGAGGUGGAACAAAACUGUCGGGCUGGAGGUGAGGAGAAGGAGGCUGAACUGCAACAAAGUGAGGAGUGUGAACAAGAGUUAACCUGUAAGCCGCAGGAGGAAACUGAGGAGAACGCAAGCACCGAGUUGGAGAGUAAGAGCACAACCGAAGACGAGCAAAGCGACAAUUCUGUCACUGAUCCUGAUGAAGUUGUCUGUGAUUCCUGCAUUGACAAGAAAUUAAAAGCUGCAAAGUCUUGUUUGACAUGUAUGGUUUCAUACUGUGAAGCUCACCUGAGGCCUCACCUUGAAAACACGGCCUUUAAGAAUCACAAGCUGAUCAACCCAAUGAAAGACAUCGAACAGGGAAAAUGCUGUCUGCAUGAUCAGUACCUGGAGUUCUUCUGUAAAAAUGAUCAGAGCUGUAUCUGUAAGGAAUGCACGCUGGAAAAACAUGUUUAUCACGAGAUAAUUCCAGUGGCAAGGGCAAAGGCUGAAAAAGAGAAUGAACUCCAGGAAACAAAACUUAAAAUUGACAAGAAAAUUAAUGUUGCGAAGAAUGCUAUCGAGAAACUCCAGAGUAACUCUUCCUCCAUCCUAGAUUCAGUGUCAGAGGUGAAACCCAACAUUGAAAAACAGUUCAGUGAUCUCAUGGAAGCUGUUCAAAAUGCACAGAAAGAGGUGCUUAAAUUUUUGGAGAACGAACAGUGUGCCUCACUGAAACAGGCUGAUGGGAUUCGUAUUCACCUGGAACAGAAGUGUGCAGAGCUGCAAAAGACCAAGGAACAGGUGGAAGCAUUGGUGAAGCAGAGGAACACAGUGCAGUUUUUACAGGAAUUUUGUGAAUGGAAGAAAAACAUGCCAGAUGAUAAACUGCCCAGUGUGUACAUCGGGCUGAUAGAUAAACUUGCUGGAAUUAGUGCGGCUGUUUCAGAAUCAACAGAAAACAUCUUAGAGUUGCUACAGACCUCCUACAAAGAGAAACUAAAGGCAUUUGCAAGAGAAGAUAAACUGGGAUUCAAAACAACAGUGGCUGUGAUUCGUGGUUCCAAACGCUGCCUUGCAAAAAAACAACCAAAGACAAGAAAUGAAUUUCUGACAUAUGCUGCAACGCUGGUAUUUGAUCCAAAUACAGCUCACAGGUAUCUUCGCCUGGUAGACAACAACCAUAAAGUCUCUAACACUUCCCCAUGGCUACAUCCCUACCCCGAUCACCCUGAGAGGUUUGAACACUGGCGGCAGGUGCUGUGCACAGAAAGUUUUUACAUGGUUCGAUGCUACUGGGAAGUGGAAAUCCACGGAGAAGGGACUUACAUUGGCAUGACUUACAAAAGCAUUGACAGAAAAGGGGCUGCAAGCAAUGGUUGUAUCACAGGGAAUGAUUUUUCCUGGUGCAUACAGUGGACGGGCAAGGAAUUCUUGGUUUGGCAUGGUGAUGUGGAAGUGCCAGGGAAGGUUGAGAGGUUUAGCCGGAUAGGAGUAUAUCUGGACUAUCAAAACAGGAUUCUGUCAUUUUAUGGUGUGGCAGAAACCAUGAUCUUGAUACAUAAGUUUGAGUCUUCGUUUACAGAACCACUAUAUCCUGCAUUUUAUCUUCCCAAGAAGGAAGCAUCAGUUUCUCUGAUUGUACUUGAAGGAGAUGCAUUGAAAAUUGAAACUGAAUAAAAUCAUCUUUGAGACUGUAUGUAACACUGUGGUACUGUCUGCCUGAGGUACUACUGGCUGUGUUCAAGUCCAUAUUGAAAGCUCUCAUUCACCUAAUCAGUAUGAAGAGUGAUGAUGAAGUGUAAAAGGUCACCAACUCAAGUUAAAUGACAGGUGUGAAAACACACUUUUUAAGUGAUAUUUCUUGACAUUCAAGCCCAUGAUGUUUUGUCCCUUUUUUUUGUUGAAUAUAAAAGUUUGAAUGUAAGAGAAAGUAAAUUGGAAGCAGGAGUAGGCCACUCGACCUUCGAGCCUUUUCCACCUGACACGUCAUCUUCCCAUUCUACUCCAGCUACGGUACCGUCAGUACUUGGUUCUCGGCAAAUCAGUGUUUCAGUUCAUUUUACUUGGAGAUGCAUUCUGCUUUGUCUCAGCAGUUGUUGUAUAAUGAUAAUCUUGAAACAAUUAGACAGUCUAACAUCAGCAUAAUGAUUUUGUUUUCCCCUGUUUAUUCAUCAAUAUUCCUCUUUUGAAUGUGGCUAAAUGAUAGAAAAGAACUCUCUUAUUCUCCUUCUUCACUUGUUAGGGUUUGAUUUUAUGGCCCAAGAAAUAAUUAUUCAUAUCAUUGGUCUGUUUAUCAAAUGUAGGAAGCACAAAAGCCACGCUAGCCCUGGUGGUACAUAAUGUAUCAGCUCUUCCAGCAGGGUUCAGUACAUAGCACUGAAGUGUUUGAAGCUUGGUUGACCUUCCAGUCCACAGCCCAAGGAAAUCAGGACCGUUGCAGCAGCCCCAAUAUCCAGGCCAAACUACUCACUGGAUAAGCACAGUGACUCCUUGGGGACAUUGUUACAUGCCAAUGAAUUCUUGCUGAAAGUUUAUAACCACUCUGCUGCAGGGUGGGAAAUACGUCAGCUCUGCUUUCGUUUCCUCAACCUCUCAGUGAACUUCUUAUCAGUCUUACAAACUUCAAAAUCAUGGAGCAAGACCUUGAAGACAUAUACUCAUUGACCCUGAACUGAGACCCACAUGUGGAUUUGCU